AUGGAAAAGAACAUCUGCUAUCGGCAACGAAGGAGAAAAGAAGUCGUCUACGACGAUUGCGUACUCGAGGACUCCUUGUUCCAAAGUGACUGGCACAUCGAGGAAGACCCAAACGUGGACUACGAGAUGCUCCUCAGAGGAUUACGAGCCUGCGCUGAACGUGCCUCGAAGCCGCGCACGACAAACUUGGAUCGAAUUUCGAAGACCACCAAAGAAUUGUUGGGAAGAAGAAGGGCUUUGAGGCUGGAUCCGAAUGCAUCGCACAUUGAGCGCUUAGUAGCAAACACUAGCUGCAGAAAAGCGCUGCAGGAGGAUCUUUUGAAGUACAGGCAGAAGAAGAUUCUAGAAGCAGCACAAAGAAGAACGAGUCUAAAGAAGUGCCGCAGAGAUCUCCGCGAAUAUAAUAUUCCGCUAGCAGCCUUGCUGAGCGAAGACGGGACUCGCACGUGUUCUCGUCGUAAGAUGGAAAUCAUUACGGAGAGGUUCCACUCGAACCUUUUCCGUCCAUCAACUCCUGUGUCAAGCCUAAUCAUCCCCACUGGCGAAGCUCCACCACGGAUUCUUCCUUCGGAAGUACGAGUCGCUAUCAAGAGCAUGAAACCUGGCACAGCCCCCGGACCUGAUUUUAUAUCAGCAAACUUUCUUCGGGCUGGUGCCCAUCCGCUUCAUGUAAUCUUAGAUGCGCACAUGACAUCCUAUCUUCAGAAAGAAAGGAUCCCAGACCAGUGGAAGACCUCGCGAACCGUUAUCAUCCAUAAGAAAGGUGACAGAGAGGACCUUCGGAACUACCGUCCGAUAUGCUUGCUGAGCGUGUUAUACAAAGUCUUCACCAAGAUCAUUCUCACGCGCAUAUCUAGGACGAAGCCCAGUCUCAAGAACAAGCUGGAUUCCGUCAGGGGUUCAGCUGCUUGGACCACAUCUAGACCGUGCCGAGGGUCAUAG